AUAUCGGAAAUUCCGUGACCCGGAAGUGCUUUUUUAGUGUUGCUGAAGAGAUGCUUAUUAAGACUCUGAUCUUAUUUUGAACGAUUCAUGGCUUAAUACAUUUUAUACACAGCGAUUAGCUACAAUAUAACCGCAGAGAUAGCUACACACGAUCACAAUGAACUACAUGCCAGGGACCGCGAGUCUCAUUGAUGACAUAGACAAAAAGCAUCUUGUACUUCUUCGCGAUGGAAGAACGCUAAUUGGGUUUCUUAGAAGCAUCGACCAGUUUGCCAACCUAGUUUUCCAUCAAACAGUCGAGCGCAUCCAUGUGGGCAAGAAGUUUGGGGACAUCCCCAGAGGAAUCUUCAUUGUGAGAGGAGAGAACGUUGUUUUGCUUGGCGAAAUAGACAUGGAUAAGCCGUGUGACACAGUCUUGCAGCAGGUUUCUAUAGAGGAGAUCCUAGAGGAGCAGCGAUUGCAACAGCAAGCCAAGCAGGAGACAGAGAAAGCCAAGGUGACCGCACUGAAGGACAGAGGCCUAUCCAUCCCCAAGGCAGAUAAUCUUGAUGAAUACUGAAGGCACUUCUGUUCUAUUUUCCUCUGUUAUACUAGACUUCCCAGUUCUAUGUUGAAUACGGGAUUAUUUUGGCGAUGGGGAGAAGAAUGUGUGGUUUAUAGAUGAAGCAGCAUCACACUAAAUACUGUACGGAUUUCAUUUUGAUAAUGGCUCAUUGGUGCAAAAGCAAGCAAUGAUUUAAGUGAUGCAUUUUUGUUAGAUUUAAUGACUGGCGUAAUGCAGGAAUUGAGGGUAGACCACACAAACUAAAUUGUCUGGAAGACUACAUUUCAUGCGAUAAAUCUAUUAAAUAUGAUUUUCAUAACCACAAAACGUAUAACUUGUCAAUAGCACAUAACGAUGGGUUCUUUAUGUUUGUGUAAACAGACUUAAACUGUAAUGGUAAGAUUUGUUUUCCAAGUGUUUAUUUUAAUACGGAGGUCCACUUUGUAGAAAUUGUAACAGGACUCUUUACUUGCGUAUGACAAUGGAACACUGUUCUACUUCAUCAAGCAAUACAGUUUGGGUUCAUUCCUCCAGGCAACCGUUUUAACACAGAUUCUCUGGGCGAUGUUUACUGUGGCACAGGUUGCCACGGAGCUACGACACUUCCUCACCAGUUGCGUUUCAAUUAGCUCAGGAAGUGUUAUGGUUCAGGUGCAAGCUGUGCCACAGUAAACCUCUUCAGCUGAGUCUGUGGUGAAACAGUGUACAUACAGUAAGGGUCGUUUUUGUACUUGGAGUUGAUAUGAAAGUAUACUGUUUAAGGUUCCCACAAUCAAGGUUCAAUUGACAUUGUGUGGGACGUUAGUGUGGGUCAAACAAAAACACCCUAAUUGGUUGACAAUAGAGCCACCCACAAUGCAGGCCGUGGCUACAGGGUGCAGUUGGUGGCUAAAGGGUAUGUGAAUACUGAGACUUGAACAUGGAUGCAAUCAUAUGACAUACAUCAUUGUCCAUUUUUGUCCGUCAAAAAUACAACUCAUCUCCACUUUU